AUGGCUUCUUUCCAUGCUCGAUCAAACAGUUUCCCAUCUCAAUCUCACCCGAUCCUAAAUGAUGUUAAAGGUCAUUUGGAGAGGCUAAAGGCCUCACAAGCCACUUCAACAUCUUCCAUCUGUGCAAAUUUGGCUAGCCUUACAGAUCUUCACGACAGCAUUAACAAUAUGAUCCAAAUGCCUUCAGUCCAACAAGCGCUCACUUGUGAACAAGACAAAAAUUGGAUAAAUGAGUUAGUCGAGGAAUCUCUAAGGCUAGUCGACCUCUGUGGUGUUUCUAGGGAAAUUGUGCAAUUAACCAAGGAAUCUGUUCAGAACCUUCAGUCCUCCAUUAGGCGACAAGCAGAUGACGUCAGCAUUUAUGCGGCGUCAAGAAAGAAAGUCAACAAGAUGGUCAACAAGUGCAUCAAGAAUUUGAAGACCUCCAAUCAAAAUUCUACUCCAUUCCCAGCCAUAGGGAUGAUGCUAAAAGAGACAGAGUCGCUUGAUUCGGCAAUCCUUAAGUCCGUAUUGGUACUCUUGUCCGGGAAAAGGGAAAAGUCGAGCAAAAAGAGCUGGUCAACAUUGAUUUCGAAGUUCACUCAAAGUACAGGGCGUGUACAUGAUGAGGUUGAGCAAGAAAAUUGCGUUGAGAAUUUGUGUUCACUGGAUAUCCACAAGUCGCUAAAAAACAUGGACAGCAAAGACAUGUUGAAGCAGUUAAAAGCCUCAGAAAUGAGCAUCCAAGAACUUGAAGAGUGCUUAGAAGCCCUGUUUAGAAGUUUAGUCAAAACCAGAGUUUCUCUUCUUAAUGCUCUUAGCCAUUAG